GCCAACCUUCUGGGCGGUGCUGGCGCCUUGGCGGUUCGGACCCUAGGCGGCGCGGAAUCUGUGAACUGUCCGCCGCCCGGUGGUUGUAGGUGCUGUGACCGCGUGGCCCGAGGGAGCAGGAACCUGGGGACCGGGGAGGGCGUGGCCCGGCCGGAGGGGAAGGCGCUGGCUCCCCAGACCCCCCGUCUGUCCAGCCGCCAUCCGUAGGCCUCAGGUUUCCCACGCAGAACGAGAGAAAGAGAUUGGGUACCCCGGCUUAAGGGUACUCGAUCUUUGAGCCCAGAAUCUUCUCUCUUCUGCAGUUCCUGGACAGAGUGACGUUGCCCAGCCCCAUGGACACGUCCCCUGGCCCGUGGAACCCAGCCCCGGCUUCCAUCAGCCCUUCCCUGCAGCUUCCCACCCCUGCCAUAGUCUUCAUCGCUGUGGGCAUCUAUCUGUUGCUGCUGGGCCUAGUGCUGCUGGCCAGGCACUGUCUGCUGGCCCAGGGGUGCUGCACAGACUGCAGCUCCCCUUGCAGGAAACAAGGUACCUCAGAGACCCAAGACUGUUGCUGGAGCUGUGCAGAAGCCUGCGACUUCCCUCUGCCCAGUCCGGGCCACUACCUGGAUGCCUGCUGCCCUCAUCUCAGUGAAGCUGGUUGGGCCCCUCGCUGCCCGCGCUGCUGCCCACUGUGUGACUGUGCCUGCGCCUGCCAGCUCCCAGACUGCCAGAGCCUCAACUGCCUCUGCUUCGAGAUCAAGCUCAGAUGAGAGAUGGGGCUGGAGGCCGUGCUCUUGGGGGAGCAGCCAGUCCCCACACGGCCACCAGCCCCCAGGGCCCCCUCCAUAAUGACCCUCAGGCCACCACUACUCGGGCACUGGAGCCAUGGAUGGCAGGCCCAGCCUAACUACCUGGGAGCCUUGAGUGGAGGGCUUGGUUCCCUGAAAGACAGGAUUCUGAGAGCCCUUGGACAGCUGAAAAGGGCCUGGUGCCCC